AUGAACUUUUAUUGCAGAGAUUCGAUAAUUCUGUCGAAACAUCUGUAAAGACAUUUUGAAGACAUUUUGUCAACAAUUCUUCAUAUUUACUCAAAUUAACAGUUGUUUCAAAUCAAACAAUUAGUUUAAUAAGUUAUUUAAGUAUUUGUUUGACCAAUAAUUUAGAAGACAUAACAGACAGUCAUGUUUAGGGCUAUCCAUUUGGUCACCACUUCUAGUCUUAGGACUGCAAUAAUUCCCACUUUGAUUGGUAUGGGUUUGUAUCACAAGAGAAAACAAAUCAAUGAUUGGUUGACUGGCGUUGAUAUGACCACUAAUUGGACUCUAAGAAACGUUUAUCUGGCGAACGGUAGAGGAGGUGGUGGUAGUGGUGAUGGCGGCGGUCCCAGUGGUGUCAAGAGUGGUGUCGGCGGUCCCAGUGGUGGCGGCGGCGGCGGUGGUCGCACUUUAACUGUCAAAGAAAUUGUCAACUUAUCGUUUCCACACGUAGUUUCUGUCCGACAGGAGAUCGAGAACACUGAUCCCGAUAAAGACAAUACUUUAUUUACGACGGCUUCGGGCUUUAGAGUCAUAGUGAAAGGCAAAGACAACAACGACAAAGGAUUCAUAAUAACGACGGCUCGUGCGGUCGGCAAUUCAAAUGUGGUUAUUCUUAAAAUGUCCGAAACAAAUGAAGUGGGAGGUAAUGAAAAUGUUGUCGACGGAACAGUUGUCUAUAUUAACGCAGAGCAUGACAUUGCUAUCGUAAGACCGAAUAACAAUAUAACGAGUGGAUUACAAUUGGCUAUCAAUUUACCACUGAAGGCAAGUAAUCCAGUGGUGAUUGCCGGACACUCUUGGGAUUACAAAACGGUCAAUAAAGGUGUCAUUAGUUGGCCCAAUCGUAUGGGUCAUGAAAUCUGCAAAAUUGGCAAAAAAUAUGAAUUGCUUAACAAUAAUAUUGCUUAUAUUCAACACACGGCCUCCUUUGCUGUCGAUGACUACGGCGGACCCCUCAUGAAUAUGGAGGGAAAGGUUAUCGGAAUGUAUUUCUAUUUGCAACUCAUCGACAACAUUGUCAUGUAUUACGCUAUUCCCUCAUAUUAUAUCAAUGAAGCGAUUAAUAAAGCGUUGGAAUAUAGCGAUACAACACCUCAGAAAAAACGAAAGAAAAGAAUUAAUCCAAAAGUAAAGACUGGAAGUGAUAGUGGAAGUGGUAGUGAAGGUAAAGGAGAUGUUAAGGGUAAAGAUGGACAUAAAAGAAUCAAAACUGAUGAUCCAUAUGAAGAUCCUUCAACACCAACCAAAUGAAUCUAUCGUUAAAAAGACACCACUUUUUCUAUAUAUUUUUAAAUACUAUUUUAGUUUAAUUUAUAAAUUA